AAAUAUACAAAGUACAGUACCGAGGCAUGAUUUUUAGCCAAAGAAAGCAUAAAUCUCCUUACCAUCACUCUUCUCUCCCAGUAGAUGCAGAGAUUACUUGGCUUAAUCUGAACACAGAGGCAAUACCCGAUGAAGAUCCAGUGCGAUGUGUGUAACAAAGAAGAGGCAUCGGUGUUUUGCACCGCUGACGAGGCAGCUCUUUGCGACACCUGUGACCACCGUGUUCACCAUGCCAACAAGCUUGCUUCAAAGCACCAACGUUUUUCCCUUCUCCAUCCUUCCUCAAAAAACUUCCCCAUCUGUGAUAUCUGCCAGGAGAAACGGGCUUUCUUGUUCUGUCAACAAGACAGGGCGAUUUUAUGUAGAGAGUGUGAUGGUCCAAUACACACAGCAAACGAGCAUACCCAGAAGCACAACAGGUUUCUUCUCACAGGAGUCAAGCUCUCUGCUACAUCUGCUGUUUAUAUAUCUUCUUCCUCUGUCACCAACAGUGGUGGUGAUCUCGUUCCUGAUUCAAAGUCUCAACAGCAGCAGCAGCAGCAGCAAUCAAUCAAGAAACCUGUGUUUGAUGCUCCAGUGAAUUCCAAUCCACCUACAGUUCCCAGUACCUUAUCUACAAACACAGAAGUAAACAAGGGUGGGGAUAAUUUGGUAACAAAUGAAGGGUUUGGUUCAACAACAAGUAGUACUAUAUCAGAGUACUUGAUGGAGACUCUUCCUGGCUGGCAUGUUGAAGACUUUCUUGAUUCCUCUACUACUCCCUUUGGUUUCUGUAAGAUUGAUGAUGGUCUAUUGCCGUUUAUGGAUGCUCAUGAUCUUGAGAGCAACAUGAGUUCUUUCUCAUCAGAAAGUUUGGGGCUUUGGGUCCCUCAAGCACCAUCUACUCCAUACACAUCUCAACAGUAUUAUUAUCCACAGUUGGUAGGGCAAAGUGGGUUCAAGGAGAUAAAAGAGACCACAAACAUGAAAGCUAACAGAAGGUUGGCAGAUGAUGUCUUCACUGUUCCACAGAUCAGCCUCCCGGCCAAUAUAAGCUCUAAGAGAUCUAGGCCCUUAUGGUAGGGCCAAAUUUUCAUAAUCUUUUCAGUCAUCAAGAACAAGGCCUCGUGCUUUGUAAUUUUGAUCAUAUGUCUUUCAAUCAAGGUUAUUUUUUUUUAGUUGCUGGGUUUGAGUUGGUCUUCUUGUAUAUUGCCUUCUCUCUCUGUGGUAUAAUCAUGGGUUUUGUUUCUGUCUUU